AGUGCCACUAUCUGUGCUGAGUUUUUCAAAGGUCAGAGCAGAUUGAACCUUUGUGGUUUCAUUUUCCCUGAUUUUGAUUAUUCUCAUGGGGAACCUGUGUGGCUGCAUUCAAGGUGACCCGAAGAAGCCUUCCAAAAGGCGUGUGAAAAGGGAGCCCUCCUCUACUACCAAGGUGACUUCAGGGAGCACAUUCAAUGAGAAUACAAGAAGAUAUGCUGUGCACACCAACCAGUGUCGGAGACCUCAUGGCUCCCGGGUAAAGAAGAAGAGGUACCCACAAGAAGAUGACUUCCAUCAUACAGUCUUCAGCAACCUUGAAAGAUUGGACAAGCUUCAGCCCACUCUUGAAGCCUCUGAGGAGUCUCUAGUUCACAAGGACAGAGGAGAUGGAGAGAGGCCAGUCAACGCGAGGGUGGUGCAGGUGGCCCCUCUGAGGUGUGAAUCUACUCCCCAUGAGGACACCGUACACGACAUCACUAACGAGGACGCCACACACGACAUCGCUAACAAGGACACUGUACACGACAUCGCUAACGAGGCCGCCGACAAGGGCAUCGACAACGAGGACGCCGCCCAGGGCAUCGCCAACGAGGACGCCGCCCACGGCAUCGCCAGCGAGGACGCCGCCCACGGAAUCACCAGCGAGGACGCCGCCCACGGAAUCGCCAACGAGGAUGCCGCCCAGGGCAUCGCCAAGGAGGACGCCGCCCAGGGCAUCGCCAACGUGGUCGCCGUCCAGGGCAUCGCCAACGAGGACGCCGCCCAGGGCAUCGCCAACGUGGUCGCCAUCCAGGGCAUCGCCAACGAGGAUGCCGCCCAGGGCAUCGCCAACGUGGUCGCCGUCCAGGGCAUCGCCAACGAGGACGCCGCCCAGGGCAUCGCCAACGUGGUCGCCGUCCAGGGCAUCGCCAACGUGGACGCCGUCCAUGGCAUCGCCAAGGAGGACGCCGCCCAGGGCAUCGCCAACGUGGACGCCGUCCAUGGCAUCGCCAAGGAGGACGCCGCCCAGGGCAUCGCCAACGAGGAUGCCGCCCAGGGUAUCGCCAAGGAGGACGCCGUCCACGGCAUCACCAACGAGGACGCCGCCCAGGGCAUCGCCAACGAGGACGCCGCCCAGGGCAUCGCCAUCGCUAAUGAGGAUGCCAUAUAUGACAUCGCUAAUGACACCGUACAAGGCAUGUUAACGAGGACAUCGUACAAGCCAUCGCUAACAAGUACACUGUACACAACAUCGCUAAUGAGGGCACUGUACAAGACAUCACCAAUGAGGACGCUUUAUACGACAUUGCUAAUGGCACCGACAAGGCAUGCUAACGUGGACGCUGUACACGACAUUGCUAAUGAGGACACCAUAUAAGACAUCGCUAGUAACUAUCGCAAGAACAAAAAACCAAACACCGCAUAUUCUCACUCAUAGGUGGGAAUUGAACAAUAAGAUCACAUGGACACAGGAAGGGGAAUAUCACACUCUGGGGACUGUUGUGGUGGGGGGGUGGAGGGAUAGCAUCGGGAGAUAUACCUAAUGCUAGAUGAUGAGUUAGUGGGUGCAGCGCACCAGCAUGGCACAUGUAUACAUAUGUAACUAACCUGCACAAUGUGCACAUGUACCCUAAAACUUAAAGUAUAUAUAAAAAAAAAAGACAUCGCUAGUGAGCACGCUGUAUACGACAUCACUAAUGAGGACGCUAUAUAUGACAUCGCUGAUGAGGACAUUGUAUACGACAUCACUAAUGAGGACACCAUACAAGGCAUUGCUAACGAUGACGCUGUACACAACAUCGCUAAUGAUGACACCGUAUAAGACAUCGCUAAUUAUGACGCUGUAUACGACAUCGCUAAUGACACCGUAAAAGGCACGCUAACGAGGAUGCUGUACACGACAUCACUAAUGAGGACAGUGUACAAGCCAUCGCUAAUGAGGACACUGUAUAUGACAUCGCUAACGAGGACACUGUACAAGGCAUUGCUAACGAGGACGCUGUACACAACAUCGCUAAUGAGGACACCAUAUAAGACAUCACCAAUGAGGAUGCUGUAUAUGACAUCGCUAAUGACACCCACAAGGCAUGCUAACGAGGACGCUGUAGACGACAUUGCUUAUAAGGACACCGUACAAGACAUCGCUAACGAGGACGCUGUAUACGACAUCGCUAAUGAGGACGUUGUAUAUGACAUCGCUAAUAAGGAUGCUUUACAAGACAUAGCUAAUGAGGUUGCUGUAUAUGACAUCGCUAAUGAGGACAUUGUAUAUGACAUCGCUAAUGAGGACGCUCUAUACGACAUCACUAACGAGGACGCUGUAUAUGGCAUCGCUAAUGAGGAUGCUGUAUACGAAUUCGCUAAUAAGGACGCUGUAUAUGACAUUGCUAAUGAGGACACUGUACAAGACAUCUGUAAAAAAGAAGACGCUGCCAAUGUAAGACACUUUUCUUUGUCUUGAACAGAAAUGUUACUUUCCUGGCUUCUUUCCAAUCAGAUGUAGACAUGAACAUCUGCCAGUGUGCAUUAUCAAUGUCAUCUGCAGUUUAAUCAAAUGUAGACAUGAACAUCUGCCAAUGUGGACUAUUUAUGACAUCUGCAAUUCCCUUGGUGUGGUGCUAUUGAUUGGCAGCCUCUCACCAACCCAUGCCAGGCACACUGGGGUGUGGUAGAUGGCAGCAUCCACGAUCCACUGCAAUGCAGAGGUGUUUCCCUCCACAGCAGUUUUCCCCCAUGGAUUAAGAGUUGUGAAACUGCCAAUCUAGAUACACUUUAAAGAUAAAUUCUGUGGGAAAAGG